UUGUUCUCUCAGCAAACGCAGCCCUCCAGAGGCUUUUCCUGUUGCCUCCAAGCCGCCCCUUUUUGUUAUUUUUUUGUGUUGUUUCUGACGCACACCGAGACGCACUGGGCAGAAUGAGUGACAACAUCGCUAUUCGUGUGGCCUUCGGCGACUGGAUCAUCAGCCGACUGCGGCAGCUGCAAGAUGAGAAGGGCACCGACGCCAGCAGAGCACUCAGUGGCCUCACCUGGCGCACCGAGGGCAGCGUGUUCGUGUGCGAGUGGCGCGGCAAGCAGCCCGAGAUGCAGACCCUCUCCUUGUCAACGAGCAUGGACCUGGUGGAUGUGAAGAAGCUGAGCCCGGAUCGUGGCAGAGUGAGAUGGUGAAGGCCUUCAGCAGUGGGGUGGGUAAGAUGGUGCUGGGUGCGGCAGGGGUGCCAUUCAGCCUGGAGUGGCGCCCGCCCACCCGUGGAGGCCCGGGAGAGAUGCUCGUCAAUACGACCGAUCGGACAGGUGCGGCAGGCAGCUGUGUCAUUCGUUCGUGGCUAUGUUAUGUUGGCUGGUGCUUGCCUUGACUGACAGAUCGCCCACUGCCCACCGGCAAGUCGCCGUCACAGCUCGUCAAGCCAUUGGCCGGUAUGUAGGACCACACAACACACACAUCCAGACACCCCUCGCUCUCGCUGGACACCCCGUGUGUGUUGGUUUGUGCCAGGUCCUGUUGUGCGCCGUGUGUUCCGUGGCUGGACGGCCGUGCGCGUGAGCGCUGCGGAGCAGUCGCUUAUCAUUGGCGAACGACAACAAGGUCGGCACACAGACGCAUGUACUCCCUGAGUGUGGCCCUCACCGUGGCAUUGUUUCAGAUCACAUGGACACGGCUGGGCGCGCCGACGGUCGGCAGCUGGAGGAGACCGACAACAGCCUCCCCCCUCUCCCUGACCCACACACACAGCAGCAACACCCCUCUGCACCGGCCAGCAGUGCCAAGGACCACCCGCACCCGCAACAACACGACACGGCUGACGGGCGUGAUUCUGCAGCCGAGGGCCCCACCGCACCCUCCACUGCUGACAUUGCCCAGGCGGACGUCGAUGCCAUGCACAUCGACGGCGACAAGGGCACCGACCACACCGAGGAGCGCGACUGCAACACAGCUGUGGAGCGUGUCGGUGGUCGUGUGGGUGUCGGUCACGGUGGCGAGCGAGUUGUGGCCGAGGAGGGCGAGACUGUGGUGGGUGACGGGGAGAGGGGGCUGCCCGAGACUGGCGUGUCUCCAGCCGAUGGCCCCACUGCCCCCUCCAUUGCUGAGCCUCCCGCACCAGCUGCUGGGGAGACCGACACGCAUAUUGACAAGGACGCCGAGGCAGACGACGAUACACCUGCCGAUGGUGCUGACGGUGCUGUGGUUGUGGGAGGAGGUGACGAGCGAUGUGGGGUGACGGAGGAAGUGGGUGUUGUGGGCGUGGGUCAACAUGGCGGACAAGCCGAGGCUGAGGAGACCACCAUUGCAGCGUGUGACGGGGAUGAAGGGGAGGGUCACGCCGCUGUGAAUGACAUGGCACCGGAGGCUCUGCACGAUGGUGAGUAGGGGGAGAUCAAACAAAUACACAUAGGGGGAGCCAAUCGACUCAUUCGCUGGUGUGAUGUACACUGCAGGUGGUGAGGUGGCAUCCAAGGCACUCUCUCCGCCAUCCCCACUUCCGCACACAGACCAGCACCACGACAAGCAGCUUAUGAGCGGCGACGCUGCCCCAUCCAUCGCCCCUCCCCCAUCGCCUCCCGUCGCCUCGCCGGUGGAGAUGGCCGACGCAGACAUUGACGGCAUGGAGGGCGAUCAGCCCGACAACGACGCCACGGCCGCCGCCCUCAACAGCUGCGGCCUCGCCGGGCCGGGCUGUGAGGACCGCAACAUGCAACACGGCCUCUCUCCCAUCGCACCCGGCAAGCGUCCCCGCGACCAGGCGCGGAAGAAGCAGACGGCCCAGCGUCAGCGCGAGACCCCCGAAACGGAGGAGGGUCUCCUGAUCAGCGCCAAGGCCGCCCUGGAGUCCCAUGCUGCCCAUUCCAAGACAGACAUCCACCUCGACAUGGACAGCAUUCACUAUGACGUGGUGGACGAUGUGACGGUCAGGGUCACCGUCCCCGUGGAGCCGGACGAUGGAAAGCCCUUUUCGGUGACCGAGACUGUCACGCGAGGCGGCGCCAGUGGACGUGUGGCCACACGCUCCACUGGCUGGGACUUCAGAGAGCUGUGGAGCAAGCUGGAGCAGGCUCUCGGGGUGCAUGACGACGUCCCACAGCCACCGCCGUCCAAGAAACGCCGACAGCAGUCAUCCCCCACGGAAUCUCGUCAUGACAGUGGUGCUGCUGCUGGUGGUGGUGUCCAAUAUGAGGAGGCGGUCGACAUGGAUGUGAUGGAGGAGGCGAGGAAGGCCGAGGCGGCGGAGGCAGCCGAGGCAGCUACACGCAUCAACUAACUGACACAGAGAAGGUCAGCAGAGGGGAGACAGACACCUGUGUGUGGGGCGUCACGUUAUGCAUCCGUCUUUCUCUCUCUCUGUGUAUGUGUGUUGCGUCUCUAGGCCGGCCGGCGAUCGCUACUCCUUUUUCCUGCAUACAGACCGACCAGGGGCUCAGCAAGAGGGAGAGGAGGGGAGGCCGCUAUUUGUCAAUUGCUUGCUUUAUCUUCCUGUGUAUGAGUGUGUGUAUCGUCGUAUGGGUCAGAGUGUAUUUAUAUGACUCGCUGCCGUAGUCCAUUACAUCGCAUUGCGUGUUGCCAUUCUCGUUGCCCCACUCACUCACUCACUCACUCACUCACUGCACCGUGUAAAUAAGCCAUCCAUCGCAUUGUGACGUACAUGUGCCUUCCAUGAUGCGCAUCUCCCUCUCUCUCUCUCUCUCUCCAUGUGUGUAUGUGUCUGUGUGUGUGUGUCUGUGUGCGCGUCUUUCCGCGAAUGUGUGCUGGGUUGUGUGCAUUUAAGGCUUUCUCCAGGUGAUAGCCAGUGCCUACCUGGUUUGUCUGCCCACGCGCCAUUGCUGCCUUGGGUCGCUGCAUUCAUUGUCAUGUCUUCAGCUGCCGGCAGUGUGUCGGCGCCGAUGAGUGGGGCAGAAAAGAAAGGGCAGGCAGGCAGGCAGGCAGAAAGCAAUGUGAUGUGCAGAAAGGCGAACAAUGACCGACUGGCUGUCUUUGUUUUGUUGGUCGGAUUCUGUCUGGCUGUCUCUCUGGCUGCCGGUUGGGUGAUUUUGUCUCGCUAUGUGGUGCAUGGUGUGGAGUGUGGAGUGUCGUCUUCCGCCUGUAGCUUCCCUCUGUGAUGUGUGCUCGCGAGAGUUUCCUCAUCUCUCGCUGAUGCACUUGUCAUGAGCGGAGGCAUGACAGACGAAAAACGACACAAACACAGUAGACAAAGAGGGCAC